GGUAAAAGAGACCCCUACUGAGCCCGCUUCGUCGAUGGUUGAGUCCAUGGCGGAGGCCAUCUACUGCGGAGCGGAAGGGUUGUCAUUGGUUGGUGCUGUCACCCCUUAUAAGGGGCUCGCCAUCACUCCAGCCUCAUCAGCAUAUUCCGCCUCGGCCGCCCAAAGUCAUGGCGGAUUUUGACGUCAGCACCGAGCCAGGUGUUCGCACUUGGCUAUGUCCUGUGCAGUGAUGCUGCCGGUGAGCUGCUUCGCCGACUGGCACACAUUCAUGCGUCGGCCAGCAUGCUCACCUCAGCCCUCCAAAUCUUUGGGACCUUCGGUUCGGCUUCGCUUUGGUCUUGUUGUCAAUCCUAACUACCUGCUGAACGCCUACGUCAUCUAUGCCGCGUCCGUGAGGCCCUGCGGUCCUUCGCCACGGCGUUGUGACUCUUCGUGUCUAAGAUGUACGCCAGCCUCGGCAUCUACUACACCAGCUCCAUCUCGGCCUUCCUGGCCGUGGUAUUUGUGCCCUUCCCUUUAUUAUGGUUUUGAGCUCGUUGGGCUUGCUCAUGAAGGAAGGGUUGGUCGACCGAGUUUCAGGAUGCCGCGGAGACCCGCGCGCAAGGCUGACCCAGACAGGUAUCUAUUUGUAUGGCAUCGAACUGAUUUGAAGCCAUGGAGAUGGUGAUCUGGCACUCAGGGUAGUGCAUACUGUACUUGAUGCUUCAUUGAGAGAGUUACCGUGUUUCACAUUCAUGUCGGCACUGUAAUUGCUGUGCCCAUUACAGCGAUUGUCAAGCGCAUCGAGAUAUUGCAACGCAAAAACAGGACGGCUCGGAAAAUAGGUGAGAAAUGGAGGAAAUCCAGGGGCAUUGUUUACAGC